UUAGCUCACCCAUCCGCCCUGAUAAAAUUAGAAAGGCCUCCAGGCCACCAGUAAUCUCUCAAACAUAAAAAAGACGCAAAAUUAAUAACAAAGUCUAUCAAUGUAUGAUUAAAAUAAUUAUAUUUAGAGCCAAUCCUCAUGCCCGGCACUUAUGUAAAUAUUAUUGAUAAAUACUAUUAGCUUGUAGAAUAAUUCAUGACUUAAAAACUAGUUUCAUGAUUAUAAUAAGAAAAAUUGUUCACUUCCGCUCUGUAAAAAAUUGCAGGGUGACCGCACAUUAUACUGGAGUUACAAACGAUUAUAAUUUGAAGGCAGAACCAGGACGAUGUAGUAGGUAUUACAAGGAACUGUAACUACAGUGUUUGGAUUUUUCGGUGAAAGCAAAAAUUAUGAAGUUAAAUUCUAUAUAAGUUGAAAGCUAAAAACAAGGAUAUUCCUUACACGCUUCAUGCAGUGUCUUUAGGAAGCUGUGUAUUCUUUAUGAUCCUGAGCGAUCAAUUACAGGAUUCAAGGGGAAGUAGGCGAAGUAGCGCUUGAUCGAUAUGAAGUUUUAUAGUCUUUGUCAUUUUGACUGUUUUUAACUAGUCUUGUCAUUUUGACACUUGUUAUUUUGAAAGAAUUAAUUUACAAUCACUCUGAAAUUUUGUCAUUUGUAUUUAAACCUUAUGUUGAAGGAAUAAAGUGUUUUUCAAAAUAUAUUUUUUAGUUGGUGUAGGAAAUUGUAAACAGCGCAGAAUCGUGAAAUUUUCACCCAUGCGCAUUGGAAACAUCCGAUUUUCCAGGUCGAUUGCGGUUUUCCGUUUAGUUUUUCAGCUGAUCACGCAUUCUACGGGCGCACUGCAGACCAUCCGUGGGUCAUGUGCGAAACUGUAACAGCGUAGUUAAUUCGCUGUAUUCGCGUUGUGUAGUUUGAUUAGCUAGUGCCAGUGAAGAUGUUCUCAGGUCUCACAAACCAGGUCAGCUCAUGGAUGGGAGCCGCUAAGGGCGAGCCGCAAGAUGAAGAAGUACCCACCCCUACCAAAGACGCAACAGCAGAGGCCGCAGCCGACGUCGAAAGACAAAGUCCAACUAAAGGUGGCAGCAAGCUGGACAUCAUCACCAACGUGAAGUCACAGAUGACCGGUUGGCUUGGUUCUGGCAUCCCUAUACCCGGGUUGAGAAAAAAUGAACCCGCUGCUGCUGAAUCUGCGGAGCCAGCUCCCGAACCAGAGCCUGAAUUGAAGACAGACAUCAAGGACGACGAUGAUAACUCCAGUGCCACUGGCGGCGCGGACAGCCGACCAGCUUCCACCGGGGGCACCCCCACUGAAGAGCAGCCGGCAGGUGUUGGCAACGGUCAACAGAGUAAAAAACAGUUAUUCACAGUAGACGCUCUAGAAGUGCCCGAUAUGCAGGAGUUGACAACAAAAGCGGUCGCCGGCGCAAAGUCCCUGGGCAACUUCCUGUACUCCGCCGUGAACAAAGCCGGGGCCAAGGUCAGCGAGGCCAGCGCCAAGAUCAAGAAGACGGUGGAAGAGAACAGCAUCUUGGGUGAAUUCAAUCGCGAGCAGGACGCCUUCAUCAAAGGACAAGAGAAAGCCGGUGCUGGGUCGGCUAUUGCUCCCUGGAUCGGCGCUCCUAACGAAGCUGCUCUGAAGGAAGAAUGCCUCUCCCUUUCCACUGAUCGAAGGAACUUUGUCCGCGCUCCGCCGGCGGGCGUGGAGUUCGACUUCGAUUACGACAAGAUGUACCCGGUGGCGGUCGCAAUUAUGACCGAGGACCCGAACCUUGAGAAGAUGCGCUUUGAUCUUGUGCCAAAAGUUAUCACUGAAGAGAACUUUUGGAGGAACUACUUCUACCGCCUGUCGCUGAUCUGCCAGGCCAACGAGGCCGACGCCCUCGCGGCGCGCCAUUCCUCCGCCGACGACUCCCAGGACUCGGAUAAAUCCGCGAGUGAGAGUCUAAUAGCUAUCGAGAGCGAAAACCAGUCUAUAGACGAGGUCAAGAAACGUAUAAAAUCGUUGAAAAUCGACAGAGAAAACGAUGAUGAACAAUGGGAGAAAGAAUUAGAAGCCGAAUUGAAAGAGUACGAAGUGGUCGAAGAGAAGACUGGAGAGGAUAAACAGUGGGAGAAGGAGUGCGAAGAUCUACUUGGUGAUGACGUCGAUCUCAAGUAGGACGCACAGGAUCUAAUCGUUAAAUCCAAAUUCCAUUUUAAUUUCAUUAAUCACCUAUGUUCUGCAUUGUUAAUUUUGUAUUCCAUUCGUUUAAAGCCAAAUGUACAGCAUCAUUGAGAUCAACCAAUCUCCAAACAUGGCCUCUAAUUCCAAAUGAGCCGUAAACAAUGCGAUUAAAAAGAUGCAACACUUGAUCGUUUUGUUUCCAGCCAUUUUCCAACCAUAUUCACAAUAUUGACGGAUAUUUCGCUAUAGUUAUUGUUCUAAAUAAUUGUCGUCUCUAGACCACCACUUUUGCGCAUUAUCAACAUAAGCGUCUUUUUUUGCUUUUUCUUAUUUCGGUUGUAAGAUAACAGUCAAGCCACUGACCCCACAGAUCGAUUAGUUAUUGAGUAAGUUACAUUGCGUGCAGUUUGGGUCAUUAUUGCAACCUGCAAUGGCUGCGUUCUCCCAGUGCUUUCCCAAAGAUAAUAUCUGUUACGUACUAAGAAACUUUGUAACGAACUUACCUCCAUGUUGUUUCCUGUGACAUGUCCUUCUUCUAACGAGGUUUGAGAUGAGUCUUCGGUAUAGGCGGGGGCUUGGCUGUGUUCGGAGCAUAAUAUCCAUCCACAAACUACCAGCUAGACUGGUUUCUGUCUGCCUAUGAUGCCCAUAAAAAAACCUAUCGCAAUAAUUACCAAGUUACCUUAUUAAACCCUAAUACUAUUAUUGGCUAUGUACGUAAAAGUGCAUAUUGGAAAUUUUAUUAAUCUUUAUUUAACUGCAUCUUACAGGAUAUUAUGUAUUUAUGUGUUAUUUUGUAAAUAUAGUGAAUAUUUAGCGCAAUACAUGCACAAAAUGAUCCAAUAUUAUCAGUGUGCGAAAAAAAACAGUAUAUUUUUCACUACAUUCUUAACUCAAUUGUAUAUCUAAAGACUAAGGCAUCUAGUUUAGAGAAUAAAUGUUAAAUUAUUUUUUAGUUGUGUGCUUAUACCGUACAAGGGCCUUGAACCUAUAAAUUGGUCAUCAUGGUCAAGUGAGCGAAAUGUCUAUAGUAAUUCAUUUAUUGUGUAGCUUAAUGACACACUGAAUGUAAAAACAAAUGUUUAUCUGUUUGUUUGUUGCUGAUUUAUGAGUUCGAAGAUAGUUUGUCCGAUUGAAUUUAGAUAUUGAUCAGUUGUUGGCACAUCUGAUGAAGGAUAUGUUGAUACUACAAUCAACGUAUUUGACGCGCGAGUAGUUCUUACAGACAGCGUUAGUGUUAGUAACAGUGUUAGUAACAGCGCGGCGAGGUCUGGUUUCAUUAUUGUGUGAGAGAAAAAGGUUUUCAGUGUCUGUCAAUCUGAUUUUUAUGCCUCGACUGGCGAGCAUACGGCUCACGUAAUGAAAAGUUUUUUUUAUUUUUUUAUUGCCCUUGUAGGCAGACGCGCAUACGGCCCACCUGAUGGUGAGUGGUUACCGUCGCCCAUGGGCUUCAGCAAUGCCAGAGGCAGAGCCAAGCCGCUGCCUACAAAUCACUAUGAUCACUGUUGAAAACCACCUUGAAUGCUUUGCUUGAUGAAAUAUAUAUCAACACUUCGGACAUAAUUCAGCAGAGAGUGAAUUCAAAUUAUACACAUAAUGAUCGGUCACUGUCCUUUAGGCUGUGAACAUUGUUUUUUUUUUGUAAUGAGUGUCUGUUAGCGACAUUACAAUGGAUGAAUGUAAAAAUAAGUGAUAUUUUUUAAAUUAUGCUUCAACAUUUAGCACUUAACGGUGGUUUUCCAAUGACAGCACAAGAGCGCAUUAUGCGGCAUAAUGCUCAACGUUGAAUGUUCCAACUACAGCAACUCGAAGCACAAUCGAGCACUCUCAAAAGUACUGCUCUCGCGUGAUACUCGCAAUCGAUACCGACUCAGUGACACAAAAUUGACAAGUGUUUUUUCUUUAAGUUGGCAUUGAUCGAAAUUUUGUUUAUACUAGAGGUCCCACAGUAGUCGAAAUUCGACUAUAAUUAAUUGGAAUUGUAAGUUUGUACACUAUUAUGAUUUUAUUUUCAAAUACUAUUAUACUUCUAUAAUCACAAAUUUCGCCAAGACUACACUAUAAAAAUAUUAACAAAGACAAACAAUAUUUAAUCUAUUCUCAAUUUGACAACAGACGUCAAGAACAAAAGUUUGACAAUAAAUAGUAUGCAUGCGUGUGUGCGUCAAAUACAUGGUAUGUAGUAUGUGUAAUGUUUUCUUUAUUGAUUUAAUGUAUCUUUUACGCAUUAUUUAAAAAAAAAAUUGGCAUUGUGCAAUUCUUCUCUAUAUUCUCUAUAAGUGUGGAAAUUUUCAUUCUCCUCCGUCCGCGCAAUUUUCGUAAAAAGGGAUACAAAGUUUUUGCUUCACGUAUUAAUAUAUAGAUUAUCGUUAGUAAUAUUAUUUAAUGUUUAAAUAAAUUGUAAGACUUUCGUUUCAUCGCAGUUUCUUAGAAAUAAUCAAUGUUAAUUAAAACCGUGCUAACUUAGCGCACUCUGCUGAUGCAUUUGAAAACUAAUUCACGUUCCAAUGAAGCUUCAGCAUAAUUCGGCAUUGUGCGUCACUGAGUCGCAUUAUGCUCUGUAAUUGGAAAACUACCAACGAGUAUAUAGGUUUUAUUUUAUCUUCGCUGAGGAACGUGUUUGGACCGUAUUAUGCGAUUUAGUUAAAUGGUUACUUAGAAUAUUUAGUUUAGCAUUGUAUGCAAAUUUUAUAUUUUAAAAAUAAUGUGUGUAUGUGAACAUUCCUAUUCAAUAAAUGUUUGUUCGUAUG